AUGCUCUUAGCUGUGCCUGUCCAGACUCAGAUCGUCAUGCAAGGAAUCCUCACCAUGCACAUGGGCACUUUUUCUCAAUGGGAAAAAUAUAGCGACGCCCUCCAUUAUUUCAUGAGCAGUAACAUCCGACCAGCAAAUAGGAUUAUAGCAUCGUCGGCACAGCUGCGCAAGUUUGUCUAUCUCUCCCACUAUAUCCAUGUCCUGGCACAUCUAUGUAUCGAACGAAUGAUCCAGCGAUGUCUUGAGAGUCCAUUAGGCCAACGACAGUAUCCCCCAAGCUUUAGGCUUCCCACAUGGACAGAGGAGCAACGGGCUGUUCUUACAUUAUGGCGCCUACUAUUCUGGAAUCAACUCAAGAUUGAAGGUGCAAAGGGAUCUCUGAGGUGGUCCACUGGUGAACUACAACGACUAGCCGGGAGCAAUCUCUAUGAUCAUUAUCAUUACAUUUCUCCGGUCUACCAGGCUUUUGCAGCUUUGGGUUUCAUUGCUGAGAUCUCACCGGCGGAAAGUUCCUCUGACCUCUCCGAGAGUCCGGCUCGAGAUUCCUUUCCGCUGCCGAGCACGCCCAGUGAGUUUGACUGGGUAGAGUUUGACUGGCUCUGCGAGCCUCCUCCUUCAUCAAGAGCUAUUACCCAGGGUCGGACGUUUGAAGACUGUGAGCAUGAUUUGGCUGUGAUGUUCCCCCUACCACAAUCAGGGCACACUCAGCAGAGAGGGGACGAUGAGACGAGCCCAGAGGCAGCCCAAGACCCUAGCCAAGAUCCCAUUGGAGGAUCCAGUCCUGAACACGGCACCCAGUCUCCGUCUCAGCCUCGUCCGGGCCUGAGAGGUGAAGCUGUACAGCCACCUAGGCGACCACGAGCUCGAUUUUUCUACGGGACACCCUCCGAGGACGAAUCGUCUGACGACAAUGAAUGGAACACCACUGUGGACAGCGAAGACGAAGAAUCAAGCUCGGACUCGAGCUCUGAUUCAAGCGAGGAUGGCCCUAGAAGCAUCCGGGGCUGCCGCAUGGUGGGCUACACCCCGAAUCCAGAUUAUUAUUAUAUCUGGGGCCCACCGCAGCCCUAUGUGCCUCGUCCGGUUCGUGAUUAUGGGCUGCAGUCGCUGCGGGGCCCGGAGUGGGAAGACCUUGACCAAGAACCGCUCGGUAUCCAAUUCUGGCACAGUACGGGUGGGAAUCCCGCGGCCGGACCGGCCAAGUAUAUGUGGUUCCACCCCUAUGCUCGCUAUGGAUUCGCAUUCUGGGAGGAGCGGCGGAUGAUGCAGCUAGGAUUAUGGUCGCACCAGGCCCUUGACGAUCCAGUCGAGUAUUACCGACGAUGGUAUACCUUUCUGAGUCAAGAGGAUAUUAAGCGCUGGAAGCAGAACUUUCGAUAUAUUGAUGAUGAUGACUACGAAUGA